AUGCCCCGCGUCCGCGCCGUCCUCGGCCUCCUGGCGGCCCUGGCGGCCUGCGGCGCCGUCGCUUUCCUCGCCUACUGCGUUCACUCGGACCGGAAGCGGCGCGGCGACCCCGCGCUCAGGCGCCGCCUGCGGGCCAAGAGAGCAGCCCAGCGGCGGCCGGCGGAGGCACGGGGCGCCCAGUUGUGGGAUCCAGCAAAGAAUGAAAAAUUGCAAGAACUUUUUCUGCAAGAGGUACAAAUGGGAGAACUUUGGUUAUCCAGAGGAGAACAUCGAUUGGGAGUUGAACAUCUCAGCAAUGCCCUUUUAGUGUGUCGACAACCACAGGAACUUCUGAAGGUUUUCAAACACACACUCCCUCCUCAGGUAUUUGAGAUGCUGUUGCGCAAAAUUCCCCUUAUUUGCCAGCAAUUUGAGGCAGACAUGAAUGAACAGGAAUACUUGGAGGAUGAUCGUGAUUGAAAAACAUUUCAACGUAUCCACAGUCCAGUCAGAAUACUAUGGUACUAUAUAUAGUAUAAACAACUGCUCAGUGAUAUUUCCAUUUAUUUUACUUUUAGUAAUAAAAAUUUUUUUUGAUCUCAUACAUGAUUGAACACAUAUU